ACCGGAGAUCAUUCCGUAUAAGCAUAAAGACAGAGUAGUCAUUUGAAAGGCAUUCGUUUCGGCUGUCACAAUACGCACUUUACAGCAGUAACAUAUAAUUAUUAAAAAAAAAUAUACACAAAAAACUGAACAGCUCUAGAAUAUAAGAAAUUUCUGUUUAUACACGCUCACCGUAAUGGACAAACUCAAUGCGCGUAAGAAUAUCUACAACCAUGUUGUGAAGGCUCUGGGAACUCUGCAGUCUACACAUGAUGGUUUUGUGCCCGCUGGGUGCAUCGCACAGCAGGUCAAGUAUCAGAUGCGUAGACAGAAGCCAAUAAGAAAUGUCGAUAGAUGCAUUCAAAAGUCAUUAUGUGAUCUAACAGACUGGGGUAUUGUUGCGCGCACUGGGCACUCGGAUUACGCACUGCGCGAAGCUUUGUGUUUCGACAAUCCGGGCGUUAAACCAAAAACCGGAGGAACCGGGCACAAUCCGCCUCGCCGCGUUGCACGUCUGAUGGCCCGUAAGCCCGAAACCUUGGACCCUCAGCGAAAAGCAAGACGCGUAUUGAGUGGUGACUCUCUUUCUGGAAAUGAGGGGGAUAAGGCAUUAAAACGCUUUCGUGCAAACAAACGAUUUAAGCAAGAAACCAAAAAGCAGCGCAAGGUUUUAAUAAGAAAUGUAACAAGAAAUGCAAUUCUUAAACGCAAGUGCACCACAUCCAUCAACAGCAUCACACGUGGACGACAAGGGGUCAUGAGGCUGUGUCGACCAUGUCGUUCAUUGAUGUUAAAUUUGACUCAUGCACUGGAAAUGCUAAGAAAGGAAGACGCGGAGAGAAAGAUGUCCGCAAUGGGAUACAAAACAGGGCGUAGAAGUGCAAGUCAAUAACUUGAAAAAUGAUCUACAUACAUUUAUACAUACAUAUGUAUAUUUAAAAUGGUUUUGUGGCGCCAACUACUUCACAGUAAAUAAGUAUAUUUGGUAUUUUCUGCGAAUAAAAUAAAAUACCGCGACGAUAACGACUA